AAGUCACGCUGCGUGGUGUGUGAUGUCAGCUUGCAUUCCCCUCCGGUGUCGACAGAGGAUCCUCCUCCAGCCUCUGUGAACUCCUCUCCCCGCCACACAAACGACAUUUUGGGGGUUCGGUCUCCAGCUCUCCUUCCUCACACCCCACACAUUUCCAGGUGUGUGUCGGAGGAUAAUACCGUUUUUAUCAGAGUGUUUGGGAACGAAAGCGACCUCGGACUGAACCGUGCUCCUUCAGUGGGCGGAUAAAGCGGAGGAGGGCAUCCGGGCCUGGCUGCUCCGGAGAGUCGACUUCAAACGACGGAAUUCACCAUUUUCAGGCUGCACUUGCCCUGCUAUGGAAAAGAUGAAGAGAAUAAAGAAGCGCCUUUCGUUAACUCUGCGCUCCAGUCAGACCAUCGACGAGUCUCUGUCUGAGCUGGCCGAGCAGAUGACCAUCGAGGACGGCGGCACCAAGGACAAUGAGCCCUUCAUGAGGAACGGCCCCCCCACCUCCCACAGCAUGCACUCCUUCCUGCACCGGUACACCGGGUCCUUCAAGAAGCCUCCACUCCGCCGGCCGCACAGUGUCAUCGGCGGCUCCCUGGGGUCCUUCUUGGCAAUGCCACGCAACGGAAGCCGCCUGGAUAUCGUGCAUGAGAACCUGAAGAUGGGCUCCGACGGGGAGAGCGACCAGGCGUCAGGGACGUCUUCAGACGAGGUGCAGUCUCCCACCGGCGUCUGUCUGAGGAACCGCAUCCACCGGAGGAUCUCCAUGGAGGACCUCAACAAGCGACUGUCACUGCCGGCUGACAUCCGAAUCCCCGACGGCUAUCUGGAGAAGAUGCAGCUCAGCAGCCCGCCCUUCGACCAGCCGCUCAGUCGACGCUCCCGCAGAGCCUCGCUGUCAGAGAUUGGUUUCGGCAAGUUGGAAACGUACAUAAAGCUGGACAAACUGGGAGAGGGAACAUACGCGACGGUAUUUAAAGGACGCAGUAAGCUGACGGACAACCUGGUGGCGCUGAAGGAGAUCCGGCUGGAGCACGAGGAGGGAGCGCCAUGCACCGCCAUCAGAGAAGUGUCGUUACUGAAGGACCUCAAACACGCCAACAUCGUGACACUUCAUGACAUCAUCCACACUGAGAAGAGCCUCACUCUCGUCUUCGAAUAUCUGGAUAAGGACCUGAAGCAGUACAUGGACGACUGUGGAAACAUAAUGAGCAUGCACAAUGUGAAGAUCUUCCUGUUCCAGAUUUUGCGAGGGCUUUCUUAUUGUCACAAGAGGAAAGUUCUCCACAGGGACCUGAAGCCCCAGAACCUGCUCAUCAACGAGAAAGGAGAACUCAAACUGGCUGAUUUCGGUCUGGCGAGGGCCAAGUCUGUGCCGACUAAAACCUACUCCAACGAGGUGGUGACUCUCUGGUACCGGCCUCCUGAUGUUCUCCUGGGAUCCUCCGAGUAUUCAACACAGAUCGACAUGUGGGGUGUUGGUUGUAUAUUCUAUGAGAUGGCAGCAGGUCGGCCCCUGUUCCCCGGCUCCACAGUAGAGGACGAGCUCCACCUCAUCUUCAGGUUACUCGGUACACCCACAGAGGACAACUGGCCGGGAAUCACCUCCAUCGAUGAGUUUAAAUCCCACAGCUUCCCCAAAUACAAACCACAGCCGCUGAUCAACAACGCUCCCAGGCUGGACAGCGAAGGCAUCGAGCUGCUGCUGUCAUUUCUCAGAUUUGAAUCUAAGAAGAGGAUUUCAGCUGAGGAGGCCAUGAAACAUUCCAACUUCCGGCAGCUCGGGAUGAGAAUUCAAACACUGCCUGAGAAUGUAUCAAUAUUCACUUUAAAAGAAAUGGAGCUGCAGAGGGAUCCUGGCUACAGGAGCUCCUCAUACCCAGAGUCAGGCAACAGCAAGAUCAACAGGAGGCAGAGCAUGCUCUUCUAAUGUCAGAUGAAGAGGAUGUCAAACUUCAUGAUCCCUUCCCAACGACCUCAUGCAUGAGCCCACCUCCCCUCGGGUGACCCCUCCUCCCUCUUACCUACACACACACACACAGAAACACACACACACACAC